CCUCACUCGCCCGCCUUGCAGCUCGGCCUACGACGCGCGGCUGCGCCAGAAGGUGGCGGUGAAGAAGCUGUCGCGGCCUUUCCAGUCGCUGAUCCACGCGCGGAGGACUUACCGCGAGCUGCGGCUGCUCAAACACCUGAAGCACGAGAACGUCAUCGGGCUACUGGACGUCUUCACGCCGGCCACCUCCAUCGAGGACUUCAGCGAAGUGUACCUGGUGACCACCCUGAUGGGCGCCGACCUGAACAACAUUGUCAAGUGCCAGGCGCUGAGCGACGAGCACGUCCAGUUCCUUGUCUACCAGCUGCUGCGCGGGCUGAAGUACAUCCACUCGGCAGGGAUCAUCCACCGGGACCUGAAGCCCAGCAACGUGGCGGUGAAUGAGGACUGCGAGCUUAGGAUCCUGGACUUUGGACUAGCACGCCAGGCUGACGAGGAGAUGACUGGCUACGUGGCCACACGCUGGUACCGCGCACCUGAGAUCAUGCUCAACUGGAUGCACUACAACCAGACAGUGGACAUCUGGUCUGUGGGCUGCAUCAUGGCCGAGCUGCUCCAGGGAAAGGCCCUCUUCCCAGGAAACGACUACAUUGACCAGCUGAAGCGCAUCAUGGAGGUGGUGGGCACACCAAGCCCCGAGGUUCUGGCGAAGAUAUCCUCGGAACAUGCCCGGAUGUACAUCCAGUCCCUGCCCCCCAUGCCCCAGAAGGACCUCAGGAGCAUCUUCCGUGGAGCCAACCCCCUGGAGCUCACCUACCAGGAAGUCCUGAGCUUCGAGCCCCCAGAGCCACCGCAGCCGCUGGGCAGCCAGGAGACUGGGCAGUGAGGGGAAUGCUGCCCGUCACCACACUCAAACUCAACGAGGGGCCUGAGCCUGCCUGCCCCCCUUCCUCAGCAUUUGGGGUCCCACAAGGGGCGCCUCCCAACACCUUGAUGGCCCGGCAACCCUGAUCCCUGGCCAGGAACGCCCCGUCUGCACACUGCUCCUUGUGGGGAGUCUGCACACACAUGUGAAUGCAUGCAAGUGUGCAUGUGUGCGAGCCACGGGUGUAGGAGUCUGGGCAGAGUGUCCUGGACUUCCACCGUCCUUCUACCCCCUCCCAGCACCCUGGGUCUCCUUUGGGACCUCACUGGGGGACUGGAUGCCGUAUGGGUUUCUCCUGGGGAGUGUGUCUGUCUCCAGAUCUCCUUAGUCCUGGAGGGCUGUCUCUGGGGGUGGUGCGUUGGCAUCAGGGCCCCCUGGAGACUCAAAGGGAGGGGUCGCAGCGGUCAGAGCUGCUCAGCCUGGAAGCGGGCACUACCCUGGGAAGUGCUGAGACCUGAUGGUCUGAGAGCUGAGCAGGGUCUUUCCUGGGGGGUGGCAGGGCGGGGACAGCUGCCAGGUGUCAAAUCAGAAAAUCCACCUGAGCUGCAUGUUCACCUGCGCUGUGUGUGGCACAGACGCACUUCAAGGCACGUGCAGGCGUAUGUGCACCUGUGGGCGCCCGAGGGCCAGCGGCCUGACUGGCAGGAGGCCUGAAUUGGGGUGGCUGUACUAUUGCCUCCCCUCCCCACUGUUCCUGAUGCCUGGGGGGUGGGGGUGGGGCUGAGAUCCCACUGUGCAUCAUGAGAGGGGCUCCGGUGGAGAAGGGGCAACCACGGGAGCAAGAGCCGGGGCUCUCUCCUUGGGUGUGGGAGCUGCACCAGGUUUCCAAGGCAUGGGGCACAGUGCGAGUUGGGGAGCUGACGGGCACGGGGCUUCCCACCUUGAGGAUGCUAAGAAGGAGGGCACACACCGAUGUGGACUUGGACUUGACCCUGGACUGUGGCCCUGACUGAUGAAGAUGCCUCUGCCUGCUCUACCUCUGCCCGCCCUCUGGCCCUGCAGCCGAGAGCUGGGGUGCUCUGGUCUGAGGGUCCACCCUCAUCUUCCCUCCUUCCAGAAUGGAGCUGACCUACUAACCUCUGGGCCAGGACCCUGCUCCAGACGUGUUGUGGGUGUGAGUCUCUGUCAGGUGGUGACCUAUCACCUGGCAAGACCAGGGAGGUCUGAAUGUCAAGUGCCUGCACCAGGGUUACGCAAUAAAGGGGGUUCCCUCUGGCUCA